GCCGGCUGGUCUCAGCACUUUCCCUCAUCAUCAGCCAGAUCCCUGAGCCAUCUCCGGUCAAUAUCAACUGUGCCAGGAACUAUCGACGAGUCAUCGUCAUCGUACAGGCCUCGGCCGCCGCCCAAGUCGCCGUCAGUUUCGAACCUGCCUAUAAUUUCAUUCGCGUCAAAAGCCGCCUCAUACUUCCCCUCCCACGAGAUGAGCACAAUACCCGAUCCGCGAACACGAACUGUCAGCUCAAAAGAUAGCGAUGGUGCUUCUACCAUUUCUCAGCAUCCCGGACUCAGCGACGAAGUUGCUACGCUCAGCACAAAACUCAUCAACGCCAUCAACCACCAGACCGCGCUUGAUGAUACACUAUCAGCAACUCGUCAUGAGCUGGAGACUUCUCACGGACGCAUCCGCGAGUUGGAGGCUCAGAUUGCCUCCCAACGCGAGAUGAUGGCCGGCGAUGUCUGGAUUCGCAGGACGACCCUGGAAAGCGAGCGAAAAGCCUGGCUGACGGAGAAGAAGGCAUUGGAAAAGAAGCUGUCAGAAGAGUCAACAGGCAGAAUAGAAACAGAGAGAGAGAAGCGCAAGAUUGAGCAGGAGCUGGAGAAUCUCACCACGGCUCUCUUUGAAGAGGCAAACAAGAUGGUCAUUGCUGCCAAGGAAGACGCUCAGUUCCAGCAUGACGUUUUGCAGAAGAAGAACGAUCAGCUCAAGGCUCAGCUCGCUGAUUCCGAGAGUCUUCUCAAGUCGCAGCAAGAGCAGCUUUCCGAGCUAAAGCAUGUCCUCGAGACUAUGGUGAUGGAACGCGACGACCAGACCAACAACACGACCCCAUCGACUCCCGGCGUCGAAUCCAAGGAAGAAGACCAAUCUUUUCCUGAGAAGUUGGUGCCGUCUGCCCCGGGACACAGCACCGAGACGCACUAUACUCCGGCUCCUCCGACCAGCCUUACCCAUCUUAUCCAGCCUGUCUUGCGUACCGAUAUCGCCGGAUAUGAGGAUUUUCUCGCACUUGCCCGCCUUUCUCAUCAGCGUCCUGGAAACCGCGGCUCUGCUGGUUCUAUUGGCGGAUUCAUUGGUCUUGGCGGCUCAACCUCAAGCGCUCACCUCUCCAACGCCUCAACCUCAUCAUUGAGCGCCUUUUCAAGCCUCGCCCCAAGCAACAGCAACACGCCGCAGUCUCCAAACGCAACCGCAGCCGCAGCCGCAUCCAUCACCAGCGCCGCAUCAACCCCUUCGACGAUUCCUCAGCUCAAGGAGACACGCUUCUUCAAGCGUGCCCUGACCGAGGAUGUUGAGCCCACGCUGCGCCUCGAUGCCGCUCCAGGACUGUCAUGGCUGGCUCGUCGCACCGUCUUGGCUGCCAUGGCCGAUGGCUCGCUUGUAGUCGAGCCAAUUCCGGCACCACCAACGACUCCAAGCUUCCUCCCCACCCCCAAGCCGCAGUUUUAUCCUUGUUCCUUGUGCGGCGAGUCUCGCAAAGAUGCGGAGUACCUGCGCAACUACCGCUUCCGGACAAGCGAAGCCGACUCUGCCCAGCGAUAUCCUCUUUGCGGUUACUGCACUGUCCGCGUUCGAUCCACCUGCCAGUUCCUCGGAUUCCUUCGUAUGGUCAAGGAUGGAUACUGGAGGGCCGACGAUGAAGAGAACGAAAAGGCCGCUUGGGAGGAGAGCGUGCGUCUGAGAGAGCAAAUGUUCUGGGCUCGCCUAGGAGGCGGCGUUGUUCCCGUUUCCCAUGGGGAGACGCACACGGAGACAGCUCAUAGCCGUCAACCAAGCCAGGAGCGUACUAUCAAUGCUCUCAUUGAUGCGCCAACUAGCGCUGAGGUCCCCACCAACGUUCAUGUUCCUAUUGAUGAUUUGGGACGCCGUGUUUCUACGGACGAGCCUCACACCCCCCCGGACCAGACUGACGGUACCAAGCCUCUUCGCUACUCGGUGCAAUCCUUGACCCUGAGCGCCAUUAGCACCUCAGGAUCCGAGGCCACCAAGCGACUGUCUACGACU